UGUGUGCUUACUUGGAGGAAAACUUAACCUUAGUAGGGAGAGGGUUAAAACAUUCAGAAUUAAUCUCACUUAAGUCUCUGAACUCUGUUGAACCACUGAGGUUUGCCUUCCUUUGGGCAGGAAUUGAACUAAAAAAUUUUCUGACCUCAGUUAUGCUGUGAAUAUUUUUAGGUAAGUGUCUGUGACUUGAAUGUUAGUAUGAAGAAUGUAAUUGGUCAUGGUUCAUAAGAAAAUCUUUUCUCUAGUUUUCUCAGGAUUGUUCUUGUAAGUUUACCCUGUCCUUAUGAGUGGAGUAGAGGAAAGUUUGUUACCUGAUAAAUGUAAAAUUUUGAUUAGUUUCUUGUAUUCUUGUUGCUUUUAGGGCAAGCUAAAACAUGACUGAUACAGAUGAAUCCCAGGCUUCUGGCUCUGAUUACCCUGAUGCCCAAGAACUGAUCAGCCAGCAGCAGAAGGAGCCAUCUGAGGUGUGUUCGUGGCAAAGGAAUACAGGAACAGAGCCUUCAUGGUCAAGGCAGAAGGCAGCUGCUCCUGGGGAGUCUUCAGAUGAUCCUAACAGCAUGUGUAAAUCAUCAGCAGCUUCAGCUGAGGUUUUACUGAUUAGCAGUGAUUCAGAAAUUGAUGUCUCUGCUGCUCAUCCUGGGUGCUCCUUUGCUUCAAAGCAGAAAAGAAGAUCUCAAUCUUCAAGGCUGCAAGUUGAACCUGUUACAGGAGUGCCUGACAAUGAAAGUUCCUCAGAUUCUUCUCUGUCUCCCCAAAGUCCAGGGAAAUCAUUGGAAGUUCCCAAGCAGCAGAAGUCAAAACUCAAUUUGAAGGCCAUUUUUGCCUAUCACUUCAGGGGAAGGAAGUUCAAAGCAGCCGCACACCGAAAAUUCAAAAUUCGCACACGGAAGAAAAAGAAGAAAAACUAUGAGAGCACACAGAUGCCCACAGGGAGGCCCCCACUCACAGCCUCACCUCAGGAGCAAAAGAGGAGGCUUCUAGACAGAGGGUUUCAAUUCCCUUUUGUUGAAAAACAUUAUGGGGAGAAACAUAUUCCCUUAAAGAUGGUUCUUGGCUAUGAGCAAGCAGCUGCAAAGGGAUAUUUCAAGUAUAUUGAAGUGCUUAAAUAUGAAGACCAUCUUAAAAAAGCUUUAAAAGCCCUUCAGGCCAAUGACGACUUAGAAAAAGAAUGUGUGGUGUUUCGGAAACACAAAUACUUAGAUGAUGAGGGCCCCAUUUCCCCUAUUCAGGAGACAGAUGAUGAUGAGGACAGCUUGAAUGCUGAUACUCAGGAAGAGUUUGAUGCCAGAGUAGUGGCGAACAGCUCAUUCAUUCUAAGCAGCACAAUUCCCAGUAAGAAAAAGUCAAAGCCAGGAAGAAAAUGUGCAGAACCACCGGAAGUGAUUGAAAUAGUGGAUGAAGAAGAUGGUGCUGGAGAGAACUCGGUGCCUCUGCAAGGCUCUGCUCUGUGAGAGGCAGAUGGAGAAAAGAGGUGGCAGUGGUCAUUCUUCAGAUACCUCUUUAAUGGGCCUGUUUGGUUUAAAACAUCAGUCUGGAGUCAGUGUUGAGCUCUCCACUAAGCUGCCCUAGGCACAUUUGACUUACUUUAAUGUUGCUUUUGGAAGACGAAGUACCUCAUGGUUUUUUUGCUGCACAAGGGCAACUUUAUCUGAUCUGGUUUGGACAACACUGCCUGGAAUUUUCUCUGCUGAAGAUGUUGAAGAACUAGUUUCUCUUCAGUGUCUUUGUGGUGUUUCACCCACACUUUCUGUACCAGGGUGUAUCAUACCAGCUGCAGCUUCUGGUGGCUUCCCUGUGGUAAAAUUCCAUGUUAAUUCAUAUCCCUUGCAAGCAAGAACAGGAGGGACAGCAGAGAGCAGCUGCUUAGUCUUGCAUGUGGCUGUGAAAGCUUCUUACUGUAGGAUGUUGCCAAGUUUGCAUGGUUUGGGACAGUGUAGGAAGUAGCAUGGAAGAAAGCACCUUGUAAAAAUACAGCAUAGGAAAAACCCUUUGAGAUGGGAAACACUGAGCUGAGGGUGGGCAAGUGAGACCUUACAAGAACAUUCUCGAGUAAGAGGAUAGGAACAGAUACCUCACUUGGCCAUUGCUGUAGGUAGGGAAUUGCACUGGGAAGUAUGUUAGGCUGGCACAGUGUAAGUUGUCCUGAGGAGUGCAUGUGAUUCUGAGCUCCUCACCACAAAUACCUUGGUCCAAGCUACCUGUCUAGAACUGGGAAGCGUGGUCAUUAUCAGCUGCUUCUACUGCUAACACUGUUUGCUGGCCUCAUUCACUAUUCCAUUACUUCAGUGGACAUCUAUGCAACAUGGUAGCAAAAGAGGGGCAUUCCUGUGAUGGGUGGAACAGAUUGGAAAGCCUCUACUCAGGUGUCAGCCACCUGUCUUUAGCUUGGUGAGCUGGUUAUACUGCUGCUCCUUUCUUACUGAGAGAAUGCAGUGUUGUUUUGGAAAACACAAGAGCUUAUCUUCCCCAAACUUGAGAAUGCUGUGAAAAAGUUGUUGUGAUGAUUGGCAAAAUGUUCAACUGCUCUGAAGAGCGUACUCAGAGAAAGUGAAGGAAGAAAUGUAGGAUGCCAUUUCACAGAAGUCUGAAGCCGCCUCACGGGUGCCUGAGGAUACAGAACAAAGUGAACUGCCCUGAGUUUAAAAAAUGGAAGCUAUUUGACAGGUAAGUACUCAGUUACUAGUUCCAUACUGUUUCACAGUUGUUGUAUUAGCUUUGUAUGACUGUAAAUAUGUGAACUACUAAACUGUUGAACUAAGUGUAUAAAUGGUUGUGCAGUACCAGACAUUAUUGGGUAGUGAUCACUGCAGAUCUUGGCAGUAUCUGAGCAGAUCACUCACCUGUGAGUCAUUCUUGUGUGUGUAUGCACACUUGAUUUUGCUGGCAGUUUUGCAGCCAGUUGUAGUACUGGUGUCUUAAUUAGACUGCUGUUGGUUGUGAGGAAUUCCUCAGUACUUGGAGCUUGUGCCAUACUUCAGGCUUGUUCACAGCUUGGGCUGCAUAUUGGCAUUGACUGGUCCUUCACUGGAAAAGAUGGGCAGCUGGGUUAUUGAGUCCCAUAAGAGCAGUGAGAGGAGUAUCUGGUCAUUACCAAGGCUGCUGGGAUGUUCCUGUUUCUGGUGAGCUGUGGACAUGACCAUAAAGCAAAUCCACCAGACUCAUGUGUUUGUCACGCAAUGUGGCACCAAGUCUGCUGGGAAUAAAG